AUGAACAGUUUGCUAGGAUGUGGGACUAUGGGGAUCGCAAUCAUCUCUGGGGUCAUCACUAGUUUACAGUCCAGGCUUAACACACUUGAGAUCCCCAAGUGGGAGUCGCAUACGCCUGGUACAUGCACUCCCACAACUGACUCCCCGGAUCCUUCACUCCCCUCCGAUUUCACCGCUACCGUGACAAGGCUAGAGAGCGCGCAAAAGCUCCAACAUACGUUUGGACUCUUGGGAGGUCUUGGUACUUCCGUGCAAGUUAUUGCUGGCGAGAACCUUGCGGCUGUUCAACAAGCAGAUGUUGUGAUCUUAUGCUGCAAACCUCAUCAGGCCUAUGCUAUUCUCUCACAGAAUGGAAUACGGGAAGCUCUGGACGGCAAAUUGCUUAUCAGCAUUCUUGCUGGUGUGACUAUACCCCAGCUGACUGGAUGGGUCCCCCCGACAACCAGGGUUGUCCGUGCAAUGCCCAACACUCCAUGCAGGAUUCGAGAAGGUAUGACUGUAGUCACCAAUCUACCACAAUCCGAGGACGCCGAGCUCGAUCGGUCUAUCAUCCUGAACAUAUUCUCGUCUAUUGGACGCUGUCGUUUUCUCGAGGAAAAACAUUUCGAUGCAUGCACUGCGCUCUCUGGGUCUGGUCCCGCCUUUGCAUGUAUUUUCUUGGAGGCUAUGGCAGACGGUGGUGUCAUGAUGGGCCUACCGAGGGCAGAGGCCCUCGAAUUAGCUGCACAAACUUUGCAAGGCGCGGCACGAAUGGUUCUCCAAGCAGGAGCUCAUCCAGCUCAAAUCAAAGAUUCUGUCACAACUCCCGGCGGAUGUACGAUAGCGGGCCUCUUGGCUAUGGAGGAUGGUAAAGUCCGCUCAACCAUCGCUCGUGCAAUUCAGGUCGCGACUGAGCGCGCUAGCGAACUUGGCCAGCCCGUGAACAAGAAAAUUUAA